AUGAGUUUCACUUUGUUCUUAGGAUACCUAGGGAGUCACAUGUGGCAGCCCACCUGGCCGCUGUCAAGAACGCACGCGAUGCACUGUCCCCGUCCUAAUGUCACGGCAUUCAGUUCGCCGAUCGUCCUUUACGAUAGCGCCUUCGCUAAGCUCAAAAAUGUGUUGUACGAUCUGCGAGAGGCACAGCCGGACUGUGACCGUGGUCGGGGAACCGACAACUACCGACAAUCCCUCUUCCGCGUCACGUUCAACCGCAAACUCGUGCGCGUUAAGUUCUGCGAGGCGUACAUCGAGCGCGCUCACCGCACGCUUGCCGAUAUCGGCCUCGCACCGAAGCUAUACUUCUGCGCCCAGGUCCGUGGGCGCGUCAAUAUGGUUAUAAUGGAAUUUGUCGAGGGCCGCGACGCGCACCACCAGUUUAACGGUGAAGAGCUACCUCCGGGCGUCAUGCGCGACGUGAAGCUCGCGGUGGAGGAGCUGCACCGCUUGGGCCUCGUCUUCGGCGAUCUGCGCCGCUCGAACAUCAUGAUCGUCACCAAGGACUUCCACGCGGUCAAAGCGGCGAGGACUGGGAAGCAGAAGGCCGCACUGGCAAGUGCAGGUUUGGGCGCGAUGUUGAUCGACUUGACUGGGCUGGGGAUGACCGUCAGGCGCAGUACCCAGCACUUCUCAAUGAUCCGGGAGAGAUCAGUUGGGCGGACGGUGUCGCGCCUGCAGCUGCGGCACGUAUGA